AUGUAUCUUGCUAGUCAUACAAGACCUGACAUAUCAUUUUCUGUGAAUUUGUUAGCAAGGUUUAGCUCAUGCCCAACCCGGAGGCAUUGGAAUGGGAUUAAACCUGUACUUCGUUACCUACAAGGUACAAAAGAUAUGGGUUUGUUCUUUCCUAAUUUAUCCAAAGAAGGUUUAGUUGGUUUUGCAGAUGUAGGGUAUUUAUCUGAUCCUCAUAAUUGCCGAUCACAAACUGGAUAUCUAUUUACAUGUGGAGGUACUGCCAUUUCUUGGCGUUCUAUGAAACAAACUAUUGCAGCUACUUCCUCUAACCAUUCUGAGAUAUUAGCAAUUCAUGAGGCUAGUCGUGAAUGUGUAUGGCUACGGUAUGUGAUUCAACAUAUAAGAGAAGAUUGUUGUUUAUCUUCCGGGAAAGAGGCACCAACAGUUUUAUAUGAGGAUAAUACAACUUGUAUUGCACAGCUCAAGGAAGGAUACAUCAAAGAUUCGUUCAAGUGA